CUAGACUAUAAUUCGGUUGAUAUUUUAUUAUUAUUAACGAUUUACAAUGAAUAUAUAGCAUUAAUCAAAUAAAUAUUCAGUUCCCGUGCUAUAUCAGCUAUAAGAAAUUAUCCUGCUAUCCGAAAAGCACUUCUCCUAGUGCCGUUUCUACUAUUUUCAAUUGGAAACUAAGUAAAGUAAAAUCGAAAUGGAACCCCGGGAGAUCAUUCGCUACACACCUGAAGACAUUGUCAAGCAAUCCGAGUGUCCCGCCUGUGGAAUAGAUAUGUCCUCGCUGAAAAAGCCCUUCAGCCAUGCCAAAAAGUGCUUCAGCAUCAGGCGACCGGGUCCUGUCUACAGGAUUUUCGGCUACGAGGAAUGUCAAUGCGGUUUGCUCAUUCAUGACGGAUCAAAAGCCCAAAAACUUCAUAUUUGCAUGGGUAAAAUUCCUCCCUAUGAUCCUCGUGUAGGAAGGCAGGCCUCCCCGUCACCCGAUCAAGUCCCUCUGCCUGCUUCGGAUCCAGCGCCUGCGGCUCUGCCCCCGCCCGCGCCAAAGAACCGGCCAGACAAGAUCCUGCAGCCACAGAAAAAAGUUUGGGUUCGCAACUUUACCAGUCCCAUCAAGCAGAAAUUCGAAGAUAUUAAAUUGUCGGGCAUUUGUAAGCCUAAGCCCAAAUCGGUGCCGCGAGUUCGCAACUUCGACACGCCAUCCAGAGCUGCAUCGGACGAAGUCUGUGUUUACUCCAUAAUUCGGAAGGAUGAAUCCAUCUCAAUCGCCGGCGGUUUAGUCAUUAAGGAGAAACAAGAAACUAAGGAAAACGUCAUAAUCAAAAAGCGAUCCUUGCGCCUUCCAGCGCUAAGGAAAAGCUGAAAAUUAUGAGUUUAUUUAAGCAAACAUUGAACCAUCAUUAGUUUUAGGCUAAAGGAACAUUCGGUUAAGGUUAUUCGUCACCUUAAAUUAUCGAAAAGGCUUACUAUCUAGUAUAGUUUUUAUUUCGAUUCUAUAACAUGUAUUUCCAUAUUGGGAAACUGACCCUUAAAAAGUAUAUAUACCUUGAAAACGGUUGUAUAUUACGGAAUAUGCCAAUAACUAUUAAAAAAAAUGUUAAUUUUA